GUGUUCUCCAUCGCCAGGAUGAUUUCCAAAAGUCAGUAGCCGCCAAUCCAAUCCAAGUGGGAAGUCGCAAGAAACUGAGCCAGUGGCUGUGCGAUCGUCACAACGAGGUGAACGAGAAGCUUGGAAAGCCAAAGUUCGAUUGCUCCAAAGUGUUUGAGCGUUGGUUAGAAGGACCUCCUAAUGGCAAAUGCGACUGAGCGCUUGACGCAAGACAACGUGGCUCUUUGUAAAUUUGACAAGCAUUUGUUAUCUCAGAUGCAGCAUUACAUAUUUAAAAUAAACCAAUCCCUAGACAUCAAAUUUCUACAUCACCAAUUUCUCAACCCUGUCCUCUAUCUUAGCCGCGCAUCAUGCUACUCAAUAUUGCACCUGAAGUAACGGCAAAUAUAUAUUCACAUAUGGAUAUCGAAAACAUCUAUCGCAUACGCGGGGUUAGCAAAGAUUCCAAAGCCAUUGCUGAACGAGCCAUUUGGGAUCACAUUGCGCAAGAAGAGCAUGUCAACUUGCGAUUAGGGGAGAAGGGCAGUAACGUGUCACUGAAGCUUUAUGGACAUUCUUACGACGCUAAGAAUAGAGUUAUAGAGUUCCGGCCGAGGGAAGAUAUAAUGCUCAAUCUUACAGAUACGUUGGCCACAUCAGGCGAUUUAAUGCUGCGCACAUUACAACUGUGGUUCAGUGGAUGGAAACACCACCAGCUAUUGGACCAAUCCACAGAGACCUUCGAGACAGCAAUGAGGACAAUGAAUCGAACAGAAAAUGCAAACAUGCUUUUCCACGAAACCUACAAUCCGGCUCAUGAAAAGCUCUAUCUCCUACCCUCCGUUCAUGACCUUGGCGACCCCGACCGAACUCGCUAUGUCGGAGAUUCCGAGGUGGUCUUAGCACUGCAAUACCACACAGACAAGGUGCUGACUCCAUACUAUUCUCGAACUGCGAAUGGUCUUGCCAGUAUAACCGCACUUGCACCUCCUCCAGAGCGAUCAGUCAAGAUCAUUUCAUUACACGUCUCAAUCUCAUGGAUCCUAUCUGGAAUCUGCCAAAACGUUUAUCCCGUUGAGAUUUAUGCCUCCUAUCGACAGCACUUGUCCCGUACUCUAUCAGAGCACUAUGCAUUUACAUACAACCCCAAUUGCGAGCAAGUUCUCGCAUGGUUGAUGUCGGAUAACGCAGAAAAAGGCGUUGUACCAGAGGCGCUCAUAGCCUUCUUGAAGGAGCACAGCCACGAAGCUCUUUCAAGACAAACCGAGGUGGAGAGGAUGUUAGAAAGUGCAGGGGUAGACUCCUCUGUACUGUGGAAAUACGGUUUCGCAAAGCGAUGGCUUGCUGGCAAAGGAGCCUUUGUCACCGAAGAUGUAGUGAGACGAAUUCAGACUAUGGAAGAACGAUGGCAGAAAGAGCGGCAGUCGCUCAUGAGACGCCUAGCCAAAGUCAAGGCUAGCGAAAGAGAAUUAAGAAACCAAUAAGCUUCUUCUGUAAUAUGACAUUUUUUAUGUGUUUCUUUUUCUUUAUUUUUUCUUAAAAAAAAAGUCGUUUUGUAAACGUUUAAUCAUUGCGGUCCAUCAUUGUUGCCGGCAAUACUUCCUUUAUAC